AUGGCGGAGGAGUUCGCGAAGUUCAAGCGCUUCGAGUACCGCACCAACUCCAACUUGGUGCUGCAGCGAGAGGGGGCCGCCCCGUCACAGAAUGAGCCGACUGGAGAGCCCGAGUCGCUCCGCGGCAGGGUCUACAACAAGAUGGGUGACUUGGUGCAGUACGAGAAGCCCAAGGAACUCGAGGAGCUGAAGGAGAAGAAGAAGCGCAAGCAGGAGGAGCGGGCCAAGGCGGGCGAGUCCGUCGUGCAGAAGAAGGCGAAGAUGGACAUCCUGAAGGGCGAGACCGUGCUGAGCACGGACGUGACAGAGAUGCAGAUCUACAGGCCCCGCACCCAGCAGACGAAGGCAGUCUACGAACAGCUGCUCAAUCGCCUGCAGCAGCCUCUCGGCGACCAGGCUCCGGACGUCCUGCGGGGUGCCGCCGACGAGGUGCUCGCGGCCAUCAAGACGGACGGCGUGCUCGACUCCGAGCGCAAGAAGGACGUGGAGGAGGUGCUGGGGUCUGUCACUGACGAGUACUUCGCGGAGCUCUUCCGCCUGGCCAAGCAGAUCACGGACUUCGGCGCGGACGUGGAGGACGAGGAGCAGGACGACACCGUCAGGACCAAGGAGGGUCUCGACGAUGCCGCUGGCGUCGCCGUCGUCUUCGACGAGGACGACGAGGAUGACCAGGAAGGUCAGUUCGUCGGCGAGAUCGGGGACGAUGACGAUGAAGAUGACGACGACGAAGAUGCGAUGGAUGCAGAGAAGGAGGAGCGCGGCAUCCACGUCGCACAGCUGGAGGAGGAGGACGAGGAGGAGGAACAGAAGAAGGAGGAGAAGUACCUCGUCGACAUCCAGAAGAUCGACGCCCACUGGCUGCAGCGUGAGUUGGGUAAGAUCUUCUCCGACCCGAACAAGUGCAUCGCCACGGAGAAAGAAAUCUUGUCGAUCCUGCCGAUCAAGGACCUGCAGCAAUGCGAGAACAGGCUGGUGCAGGUGCUCCAGUACGAGAACUUCGAGUUUACGAAACUGCUGCUGAAGAAUAGGCUCAAGAUUCUGUACUGCACCCGACUUGGUCAGGCGCAGACGGAGGAGGAGAAGGCUGCCGUGAUGGACGACAUGCGCCAGACGGCCGAGGCGCAGCCUGUGCUAGAGGAGCUCGACAGAGCGUCCAAGAAGCGCGACCGCGAGAGGGACGUGACCAGGGACCUCCGCAAGGAGGUGAGGGAACUGCAGAUGCGCGCCGGCCGGCAGGACCGGGACGCCAUGGACGAGGACGCUGGCGCGCCCCUCGGCAAGAAGGGCGCGAGGGUGGCCGAGGAUCAGCAGAAGAAGCCUUCGCACAUGCUGGACUUGGACAGCCUCGCCUUCCAGCGCGGGAGCCACUUCAUGGCCAACACGAAGUGUCAACUCCCGCCUGGGGCCUUCCGCGUGCAGAAGAAGGGCUACGAGGAGGUCCACGUGAAGCCCUACAAGGCCCCCGAGAUGAACCCAGAGGACAUGGUGCCCAUCUCCAAGCUUCCCGGCUGGUGCAAGGAGGCUUUCCCAGGCACCACCAAAUUGAAUUACGUCCAGAGCAGAGUGUACCAGUGCGCGUUUCAGGAGCACCAAGAGAACAUGCUCAUCUGCGCCCCCACGGGCAGCGGCAAGACCAACUGCGCCAUGCUGACGAUUCUCAAUGUCAUGUCACAGUUCAGGCUGAAAGACGGCUCCUUCGACUUGGCAGGCUUCAAGUGUGUGUACGUGGCGCCCAUGAAGGCACUGGUGCAGGAGGUGGUGCAGAGCUUCCAGCAGCGCCUCCAGAGCUAUGGCGUCAUCAUCCGCGAGCUCAGCGGCGACGUCAACCUAACGAAGGCGCAGAUCGACGAGACCCAGAUCAUCGUAACGACUCCCGAGAAGUGGGACAUCAUCACCCGGAAGGCUGGCGACCAGCGGGCCUACACUCAGCUCGUGAGGCUUAUCAUAAUCGACGAGAUCCACCUGCUGCACGACAAGCGCGGUCCCGUUCUGGAGGCCAUCGUCGCCCGCACCAUUCGGCAGAUCGAGACCACGCAGGAGCACAUCCGCCUCGUCGGCCUGUCGGCCACGCUGCCCAACUACGAGGACGUGGCUAUCUUCCUGCGCGUCAACCCAGAAAAAGGUUUGCACUACUUUGGGAUCCAGUACCGCCCGGUGCCCCUGGAGCAGUCGUACAUCGGGAUCACCGACAAGAAGGCAAUCAAGCGAUUCAACACCAUGAACGAUGUGUGCUAUGAGAAGCUGAUGGAGAACGCCGGGAAGAAUCAGGUGCUCAUCUUUGUGCAUUCCCGCAAGGAGACAAUCAAGACCGCGAGUUGCUUGCGCGACCUGGCCAUGCAGAACGACACCCUGGCGAAGUUCUUGCACGAGGACUCUGCCUCCAGGGAGAUCUUGCAGACAGAGGUCGAGUCCAUCAAAACCCAGGAGGUGAAGGACUUGCUGCCGUACGGCUUCGCCAUCCACCACGCGGGCCUGCCGCGCACAGACAGGAAACUGAUCGAGGAUUUGUAUGCGGAUCGCCACAUCCAGGUGCUCGUCUCCACGGCCACGCUCGCGUGGGGCGUGAACCUGCCCGCGCACACCGUCAUCAUCAAGGGCACCCAGGUCUACAACCCCGAGAAGGGCGCGUGGGACGAGCUGUCCCCAAUGGACAUGAUGCAGAUGGUGGGGCGCGCGGGUCGUCCGCAGUACGACAAGACGGGGCACGGCAUUGUGAUUACUCAACACAGCGAGCUGCAGUAUUACCUGUCGCUGAACUGCGCGCAGCUGCCCAUCGAGUCCCAGCUCCUUAGCGCCCUGCCCGACCUCAUCAACGCCGAGCUCGUGCUUGGCACCAUCCAGACUCGCCAGGACGCGGUGAACUGGCUCGGGUACACGUACCUUUACGUGCGCAUGAUGCGCGACCCCCGCUUAUACGGCAUCUCGCCAGACGAGGCGGAGGAGGACCGCCUGCUUGAGCAGCGCCGCGUCGACCUGGUCCACAGUGCCCUGAUGAUGCUUGACAAAAACAAUUUGAUCAAGUACGACAAGCGCACGGGCCAGGUGCAGGUCACGGCGCUGGGCCGUGUGGCCAGCCACUACUACAUCCGUCACCCGUCCAUCGCGACCUUCAACGACCACCUCAGGCCCAUGAUGUCCGACAUCGAGCUGCUCCGGCUAUUCUCCCUGUCGAACGAGUUCAAGUACAUCCCCGUCCGUGAGGAGGAGAAGGUCGAGAUGGCCCGCCUCGUGGAGAAGGUGCCGGUGCCGGUCAAGGGGGGCACCGACGAGCCGUCCUCCAAGGUGAAUGUGCUGCUCCAGGCUUACAUCUCCAAGCUGAAAUUGGACGGGUUCGCGCUGAUGUCCGACAUGGUUUACGUGCAGCAGUCUGCGGGACGCAUCAUGCGCGCGAUCUUCGAGAUCUGCCUCCGCAGAGGCUGGGCCGCGCUGGCCCUUCGCGCCUUGCAGUGGUGCAAGAUGAUCGACAAGCGGAUGUGGGGAUCGCAGACACCUCUGCGCCAUUUCAAGGGUCUCGCCGAGGACAUCCUGCGCAAGGUGGAGAAGAAGGACUUCGCCUGGGAGCGCUACUACGACCUGUCCAGCGCCGAGAUCGGGGAGCUGAUCCGCUUCCCUAAGAUGGGCAAAACCAUCCACAAGCUUGUCCACCAGUUCCCAAAGCUGGACCUCAGCGCGUACGUGCAACCGAUCACCAGGUCCUGCCUCAUGGUGGAGCUGACGAUCACCCCGGACUUCCAGUGGGACGCGCGAGUGCACGGCCGCGCGGAACCGUUCUGGGUUUUCGUGGAGGACGUGAACGGCGAGCAGAUCCUCCACCAGGAGAUGUUCGUGUUGAAGGAGCGCGGCGCAGAGGAGGAGCACACGCUGAACUUCACGGUGCCCAUCACGGAGCCCCUGCCGCCCCAGUAUUUCAUCCGGGUCGUGUCGGACCGGUGGAUCAACGCGCAGACGUUGCUUCCCGUCUCCUUCCGGCACCUCAUCCUGCCCGAGAAAUACCCGCCGCACACGGAGCUGCUCGACCUGCAGCCACUGCCACUCACGGCGCUGCGCUACCCCGCGGCGGAACAGCUGUACGCGGCCGCGGGCCUCAAGGUCUUCAACCCAAUCCAGACCCAGACCUUCAGCACCCUGUAUUCAACGAGCGACAACUGCCUCAUCUGCGCGCCAGCCGCCAGCGGGAAGAUCGUGUGCGCGGAGUUCGCCGUGCUGAGGAUGCUCCAGAGCGACGACGCGGUCAAGCGGUGCGUCUACGUGGCGCCCCACGCGGCCACCGCCAAGGAGCGGUUCAACGAGUGGUCGCACAAGUUCGGGAAGGUGCUCGGCUUCAAGGUCUCCGAGCUGAUCGGGGAGACGACCGCGGAUGUGAAGAUCCUGGAGGAGUCCAACGUCGUCAUCACGACCCCGGAGAAGUGGGACCUGAUGAGCCGCCGCUGGAAGACCCGCAAGAGCGUUCAGGAGGUGCGCCUCUUCGUGGUGGACGAGCUGCACCUGCUCGACAGCGACGUGGGCCCCACCAUCGAGGCCGUUGUGAGCCGCAUGCGCUACAUCUCGGUGCAGGUGCAGUCCCCCAUCCGCAUCGUGGCGCUCGCGGCCUCGCUCGCGAACGCGAAGGACGUCGGCGAGUGGAUCGGCGCGCCCGCCGGCGGCGGCUUCAACUUCUCCCCGAACGUGCGCACCGUUCCCCUCGAGAUGGUGAUCCAGGGCUUUGACAUCCACCACCGCGCGACCCGGCUGCUGGCGAUGAGCCGGCCAGUCUACCAGUCCAUUAAGCAUUACUCGCCAGACAAGCCAGUGAUCGUAUUCGUGCCCGACCGCAAGCAGGCCCGCAUGACGGCCAUCGACCUGCUCCUGCAUGCGGCGGCGGACGACAAGCCCAAGCGCUUCCUGCACGUGUCGGACGAGGCCAUGAAGCCGCACCUGGCCGCCGCCCGCGAGCGCUCUCUGAAGCAGACGCUGGAGUACGGCGUCGGCUUCCUGCACGAGGGCUUCAGCACGACAGAGCGCGCGGUGAUCGAGCGGCUAUUCGAGGCGGGCGCGAUCCAGGUCGUCGUGGCCACGGAGCAGCUCUCCUGGGGCAUGACGAUGCUCGCACACCUCGUGAUCGUGAUGGACACGAAGAAGUUCGAUGGGCGCGAGAAUCGGUACGUGGACUACCCGAUCCAUGACGUCCUUCAGAUGAUGGGCCGCGCCAGCCGCCCUGGCGUUGACACGUCUGGCAUGUGUGUGCUGCUGACGCAGAACUCGAAGAAGGAGUACUACAAGAAGUUCAUCUACGAGCCGCUUCCUGUCGAGAGUCACCUCGACCAGCGCAUGGCGGACCACAUGAACGCCGAGAUCGUGAUGAAGACGAUCGAGAACAAGCAGGACGCCGUCGACUGGCUCACGUGGACGUUCUACUACCGCAGGCUCUCCCAGAACCCGAACUACUACGGGCUUCAGGGCGUGACGCACCAGCACCUGAGCGACCACCUGUCCGAGGUGGUGGAGAACACCGUGGAGGGCCUGGAGAGGUUCGGCUGCUGCAGCAUCGAAGACGACGUCGAGCUGGCCCCAGCGAACCUGGGGCUGAUCGCGGCCUACUACUACAUCCGCCACACCACCAUCGAGACGUUUUCCAGGUGCGUCAACGAGGAGACCAAGAGGCGCGGGCUCAUGGACAUCCUCUGCGCCGCGUCCGAGUUCGACAGCGUUCCCGUGCGCUCCGGGGAGGAAGCCACGCUGCGCGGCCUUGCGCAGUCCCUGGGCAUCAAGGUCGACAAGGACAAGCUGACCGAUCCGCACACCAAGGCGCAGCUCCUGCUCAAUGCCCACUUCAACCGCACGCCCAUCACCACCGACCUCUCGUCCGACCAGCGGUUCAUCCUGGACCACGCGGUUCGCCUGCUGCAGGGCCUGGUGGACGUCAUCUCCUCGUGCGGAUGGCUCACGCCAGCGCUGUUCUCCAUGGAGCUGUCGCAGAUGAUCGUCCAGGCGACCACGUCGAACUCUAGCCCUCUGAUGCAGCUGCCCCACUUCACGCAGGCCCUGGUCGACAAGGCCAAGGGCAUGAAGGUGGAGGACGUGUUCGACGUCAUGAAUAUGGAGGACGGGCCGCGCGGCAAGCUCUUCAGCGCGCUCCAGGAGAGCGACCUGAUGGACGUCGCCCGGGCGUGCAACCGCUUCCCGUGCAUCUCCCUCGAGUACAAGAUUCAGAAUUCCGACGCCCUGAACACUGGCGGCAGCGCCCGCAUCGUCGUGCGCCUCGGGCGCGACGGCAUGGACGAGGACACGGCGCUGGGCCCAGUCUUCGCGCCGUACUACCCGAGGGAGAAGGAGGAGAGUUGGUGGCUUGUGGUCGGUGGGCCCAACAGUGCCCUGGUGGCGAUCAAGAGGACCACCAUCACCAAGGCGACCGUGAACGUCAAGCUGGACGUCGAGCUCGGCGAGGAGGCGGGAACCUUCGACUACACGCUGUACCUCAUGUCGGACUCCUACCAGGGCUGCGACCAGGAGUACGGCUUCAAGCUGACUGUCAAGCCGUGA